UAAAAUGAAGCCUUUUGUUUGUUGAGUAGAUCUGCAUCUCUUUCACAACACCUACUUCACUCUCUCAUCGUUUUCCUCCGUUUUCUCUCUCGCAUCAACAAUGGAGUUGGAAGGCGUUCUUCUCGGCAUGGGUAAUCCUCUCCUCGAUAUCUCUGCUGUCGUCGAUGACGAGUUCCUGCAAAAGUAUGAUAUCAAGCUGAACAAUGCGAUUCUCGCUGAGGAUAAGCACAAAUCUAUGUAUGAUGAGAUGUCUGCCAAAUUUAAUGUGGAGUACAUUGCUGGAGGUGCUACUCAGAAUUCAAUCAAGAUUGCUCAGUGGUUGCUUCAAGUCCCUGGUGCCACAAGUUACAUGGGUUGCAUAGGAAAGGACAAAUAUGGUGAGGAGAUGACAAAAAACUCCAAACUUGCUGGUGUAAACGUUCACUAUUAUGAAGAUGAAAACACACCUACUGGAACUUGUGCUGUUUGUGUGGUUGGUGGUGAAAGGUCACUUAUUGCCAACUUAGCUGCUGCAAAUUGCUACAAGUCUGAGCAUUUGAAGAAACCAGAGAACUGGGCAUUGGUUGAAAAGGCCAAAUAUUUCUACAUUGCUGGCUUUUUCCUCACUGUUUCUCCAGAAUCCAUACAAUUAGUCGCUGAACAUGCAGCUGCAAAUAACAAGAUCUUCACAAUGAACCUCUCUGCUCCCUUUAUCUGUGAGUUCUUCAAGGAUGCACAGGAGAAAGCUCUGCCGUAUAUGGACUUUGUUUUUGGGAAUGAGACUGAAGCAAGAACAUUUUCUAAAGUUCAUGGCUGGGAGACUGAUAAUGUUGAGGAGAUUGCCUUAAAGAUAUCCCAAUGGCCAAAGGCAUCAGGAACACACAAAAGGAUUACUGUUAUCACACAAGGUGCAGAUCCUGUGUGUGUUGCUGAGGAUGGAAAAGUCACAUUGUUCCCUGUAAUACUAUUGCCUAAAGAGAAAUUGGUUGACACAAAUGGAGCAGGAGAUGCAUUUGUUGGAGGAUUUCUUGCACAGUUGGUUAGGGAGAAGCCUAUUAAAGAAUGCGUGAGAGCUGGAUGUUAUGCAGCAAAUGUUGUCAUCCAAAGGUCUGGCUGCACAUACCCGGAGAAGCCUGAUUUUGAAUGAUUGAUAAAUUUUGAUCAUUGAGAACGAUUUUAAUUGCAUUCUGAAAGUAGCACUCUUACUGGUUUGAGAUUUUUAAAUCCCUCGGCUGGGGAUAAUCAGAUGAGAAGUGCAGGGGGAGACAAAACUGAAAUAAGUUCUUAUGCUUUUGAAUUCCUCCUAUCUGGGAUUCAUUUCUUGUUUUGCUGUUUGUUUUUUAGGUCUUUUUGUUACUUGUUAUGGAUGUAUUUGUAAUCCUAUGAGAAGUACUCUCUUAUGAGAGCAUAUCUAAUUUUGCUGUUUGUUAUCA